UUGGUUCUGGCUGGUUUUAUCGUGAAGGACUGAACGAAUUUGCUUGGCACAUCUCGUCUUGCAUGCCUUACAGAAGUGAAGCUAAGUAGUCUAAACCAGUGUCCAGAUUAGGCGGCGGGGCUAAGAAUGUCUCUCAUCGUGAUGCCUUUAAGUGGUUUAACCUAUGGGAGCAGAGAGUUGCCCCUCUGAGCAGUGGGACUCCUGGAAGGGACUGGGAGCCAAGAGUAGCGGUAGAGUGAUAUAGCACACCGGUUUCAUGCCAAUGCUUGUAAUCCAGUCCAUCAUAGUCAUUAUGGACGGGACUCUUAAUUAAUCAGAACUAUUCCUUUUGUUAGUUGCCCAUGACGUGGGUUAUGAUUCCCCAUAGUCCCACAGACCCCACUACCAGGAAUUAAGCCAAAAAUAUAUAUUUUAUGGGGAUUUGAACUAGCAACCUACAGGUCAUUAAUGUGUUUCUAGAGUUGGUGGAUCUCCGCUGUUUGCUUUCUGCUACACGCCUGUUUUUCGGAGUGAGUUUGUAAAUAAAUAAAUGCACGUGCAUGGAACCCAUCCAGGAUUAGCGACAGCUGACUAUUUAAAGGAGGCACAGCGGCAGUGUUUGGACCGCAGUCUCAAGAGACCAAUGCAGCACUGCAGCAUGCAGCAAAUAUACAUGCAGAGUGAUGAGCAGUUUGAGGUCUUUACCACAGUGUUCUCUCCCAAAGUUGGCAGAUCAAGGGUGAGACUCCGACCUGCAGAUGAAGAUAAGGCGAGUUCAGUGGUGGUGACCAUUCACAAUAGGGCCCAAGGUCCAGAAGAACUGGACCUGAGCCAAGGUGAUGUCAUCCAGGUUUUGGUCAAAGAGGACAAAACGUGGUGGUUUGGACGUCUACCCAACGGAAACGAGGGCUACUUCCCAUCAGCCUGUGUCGCCACAUGUGGGCCUGACGGGGAAUCAGGGGAAGCCACGCCCACCCUCUUGAGGAGAGCCUCUGUGCCUGUUGUUAUGGCAACUCCGGCCUCCUGUAACCCUCCAGGUGAGAGCAAUGGGCUUGGAACACCGAAGCUGUCCAGGAAGAACAGCAUUCGGCGUGCCCUGGCACUUGACAGCCCUUCCAAGAAGGGAGGUGGUGUUCUUCAGGGAUCCCCCAGCCUCAUCCACCGUGUCCUGGCUAAAUCCAGGAGGAAGAGCUGCCCUCACCUCCCACCAGUCUCCGCAAAGCCGGGCUCCAUCAACUCAGCUUACCUGCCUGAAUAGGAUGCCUUCAGAGAAGCAGUUAGACUCAAGCAUUAAGACUCUGAAGCCUCAAGCCCAUUUGACGUUUCAUGAGGACUUGGAAUUUUUGUCCAAAAUUGACUCGCGUCCUAUUUGAAGCGAACGAAAAAAUAUAGGCACGCUGCAUUACAUUCGCUUUCCUUUAACAAAUAUCAGUGUUUCCCCUUUAAUUGUGUUUAUAACACAAUUAAAGUGAGAACCCCUGCCAGGCCAAAAAACAAUAUGUGUAAAAUGUAAUACAUGUCCUAAAUCUCAACGAGUACUAGUGCAUUCAAUUAGUAGGUCUGCGAAAGUAUCCAUCAAUGUACACAUAUGGAAAGUCAGUUUUAUCUAGGGAUGCACCAGUACCCGAUGCUGUGCUCAUGUACUCGUAAAACCUCUCUGAUACAACCACCCGAUGCCAAUUUACGCAACGUGAAGUAACGUUGAAGAGCCAGUGAACCAAAAACGUUUUUUUUCGUGCACAUUUUUCCUAUAUGAUCAUCAACAUAGUAAUCUAUGCCAUCUUAUUACAGGUAGCGAAGUAAGUCCUCAAUUUAGUGAAACAAGGUGCACUGGAGGACUCGGUUUGUGUGGACGUGUGGAGCUCUGUUUGAGAGAAAGUUUCGCUUUUUCUGAAACUCAUUGUGUACCAAGACAGUAUGUUGAUAGUCGAGCUCCGUCUGAGCAGUGAUUUAUUUAAUACCAGCGCCCUAGGGUUAGGAUUCCCGUACAACUAUAAUGUUAUCGCUAGAGUGUGUAGCGCAUUUCAUAUACAACAUCGUUGGAUAUGGAAAAACGUUAUAACGCUUACACACGACGAUGAUGCAAAAAGAAAAAUCAUAAAGUUGCCGUUGGGCGUAACCAUGGUGAUAACACGCCAUGCGUGCAACUGUAAUGGUAUUAUUAAGUACUCACGCAGGUAUUUGGUAUUGGCGAGUACUCAAAUGUAAGUGGAAUCAGUGCAUCCCUAGUUGUAUCUGGAUUAUAUACAGUCUGUCAAGUCCGUUGAACCUGUGUAAUAUACAGUCUAUGUGCAAUACAUCCACACUAGAGCUCUACGAGCCAUGCAGUUCUUUACCUGCUUUUAACUGUUGUAGAGCUAGUGGGAUACACUUCUAAACACUAGAAGUUCUGAACACUAGAAGUUCCAUGUUCCAUUGGGAACAUUUUGAAACGUUAGACAUCUCCUGGGCAGGUAUACACUGCUCAACACAGACUCAUUCCGGUGAUCCAGUCUUGAGUUCAAUGUGUCACAUAUCACUGCAAUUCAGAGCGUGAAUAUCUGUUGAAAAUGGAAUAUCUUUCCAACGAAAAAAACGUUUAAUCCCCCAGUCAGUUACCACUAGUAGAAUAUAAUUAUGUGGGAAACACUAACAUUAUCUACAGCUGUAUAGGUAGUCGACUCACCUAUAUUCUAAAGUUAAUGUGAUGUUACAUGGGGAUUCUAGUUUGAUAUUCAACUUUUUUACCCUUUGCAAAACACAAAAGCGCCUUGAAAGGAGGGCUGAAUUCCUAAAGAUUGGUAUGUUUUAAAGACUGGAGAUUAGCCAAUAUGUAACACUCUUAGUUCGCUGAGUAUCACAAACCAUUUUGAUGAUAUUAAAAAUUAACGGUUUUGAAGGUCAAGCUGUGAGGCGCUUUUCCUUCGGAUGCUUAAAAGUUAAAAAGCGCAUUCAGCGUCAGUAUGUGUUAAAUUUCAAUGUCAUUUAAAUAAAAGGAUGUUUUUUUUUUAAACAGUUUUAUUGUGAUAAGAAGCACUCUCAUGCCUCACAAACAAUGGGCGUCAUUUUGGAUUCAAUAACGCAGAUACGCACAAUAAACUCCUGAUCUGAUCGUUUCUGUAUUCGAUUUUCAAUAACUGACAUUCAUUCUGUCACAUUC